AUGGUGAAUCCACACUUUGUUCCUAAGAAUGUUUUCCAAUAUGGCGAUAUUAGUUAUGUAGAUCAUAAAGAGGCAUCCGAUGCGAAAAAAGAUGGAUUUGAACAAAUAACUUAUUUAACAUUGGAUAUUUAUGCUCGCAAGGAUAUAUCCAAAUCUACUCCAAAACCUGUUUUUAUGUUUAUUCACGGGGGUGAAUGGAUAAGAGGAGAUAAAGCAUCUCCAUAUCCAUUGAUACGCCAUUUGGCCGAAGUUGGUUGGGUGGUCGUAUCUGUAAAUUACAGGCUCGCACCGACAACUUUGUACCCGGCUCAAUUGAUCGAUGCCAAACGAGCUCUGCGGUGGGUGAAGCUAAACAUUGAGCACUUUGGUGGAGAUCCAAAGUUUAUAGCUGUUGCUGGUGAUGAUGCGGGAGGUCAGAUUGCCGCGGUACUCGCACUCACGCCAAAUAAACGGGAAUAUCAAACUGGUUUCGAAGAGGUUGACACAUCUGUUAAAGCCUGUGUCUUGAUUAAUGCUAUUACAGACCUUGUAGACGAACAGAAAUUAUGGGAUUACGAUAUCUCGGAUUAUUUUUCAAAAAAAAUUGCUGGACGAGGCAACAAAGAUAUUGCGUUUUGUAAAGAACAUUCGCCACUAUAUCUUAUCAAAAAUGAUUCAGUACCAUUUUUGGUGUUUCAUGGUGACCGUGACACUUUAAUACCUUUCAAAUCAUCCAUUAAUUUCGUCAAUGAAUUUAAAAAAAAAACCAAAUCGGAAAUUCAAUUCAUUCCAAUUCCGGGAGGACACCAUGUAUAUCAUCUUUUCUCCUCUCCUCGAUCGCAUUAUCAAGCUAUUGGCGUUGAGCAAUGGUUAAACCACAUUUAUGACGAUGGAAAUAAUGAUAAAAAUGAAUAUGCAUGGGUAUCAGAGGAAAAUGAUUUUUCUGAAUAA